CUUAACGGCCAUUAUGCCUGGCCCCGGGCUGGGCCGAGCAAAAUUCCCGUGACUGUCGAAGAGCCAGACGUUUACAGCGGAGGCCCCCAUAUUCGACAAAAUUAGGACCCAGUGAUUGCGUAAAAAACCCGCCGGUAUUCGCGGCGCAGGGGAGCGUGUUCCUUUCCGGCGAAAUCGUCAUGAGGUGGUUCAGCGGCAACAUGCUUCAAGCCAUCGCCGAGGCCCACAGCCGACGGGUCUUGCUCCUGGUGUUCAUCGAGGGCGAGGACCUGGCUUCGCAAAACAUGCGCUCCACCUUCGAGGACACCGAGGUGAACAAGCUGCUUGACGUCAUGGGCUGCGUUCCCAUUCGGCUCCGAGCAAACAGCAGUGCCUGCCACCAGUUCACUCUCGUCUACGCGGUGACCGCCAUCCCUUCCACGUUCUUCAUCAGCUCGCGCGGCAACCUCGAGGCUUCUGUCGUGGGAUUCACCGACGCAGUGUCGUUCGGCGACCGACUCGCGGCGCUCAUGGCCUCGUUCAACCUCAAGAAGGUUGACUCGGACAUGCGCAACGUGAGUGAAGCGAGCAUGUCCGUCGACCGCAUGGUGCGCCUCAAUCGUCAGCCGUCAUCGGUGCGCCUCCCAGUCGCAGCACCGAAAGCGGAAGGCACGGGAGCGCUCUCCCAACAACCACCGGCCGAAGGCGUCGCGAAAAGACGCAGUAAGGGUGGAGGGCGACGCUCCAAGAAGAAACACAAGAGACAAGAGGCCAACGUGCAGACCAGCAUCGUGUUGCUCGCCGAACAGGCCACGCAAAUAAACAUGGAUGACAAGCGGCCGUACAACAACCUGCUGCAGAAACUUUCGACGAUGGAAGAGGCCACGACAGUUCCACCCCCCACAAUCGCAACGACCCAGGUCCACGGUGACCUGGCUGGAGACCUGGCGUCGCUGAUGGGAGACGGUAAUGAAAGAAAGAAAGACCUGAUAAUACCCCCUGAAGAACACCGUGAGAAUCCGUUCACUGCAGUCGUGGCGGCAGCUGCAGGUAGCGCGUCCAUCGACGUUGAGAAGAAAGGGAUGCCUACUCCGAACGACGACAAAAGUGAGAUGGCCGCCACCGUCGCGAAAGCAGAAAACGGUGCGAAUGAGCAGGCACGCCUGCGAUCGCUCAAGGCGUCUUCCAAGGGAAAGGACGAGAAUAACACGACCAUGCCACCGCCGCCAGUGGCAGGAGCUGUUCGCUCAAGUGACGUCGAGCACCCAGCCAGCGCUGCCGUCAGCAGUGUCGUACCGGUCGGACUGAACGACAUCGAUUCAAUGUUGUGCGACGUCGCAGACGCCUCCGCCUUGCUCAUAAAAUUCGCCGUGCUCGCGCAAGAGUUUGCCGACAAGGUAUUGGGUAGCUCCCAGUACGAGCAGCACUCCGACUCUAAGUCCUUGGAAAUGUCGGCCGCCGAUGCAACGAAAGCAACCUCAGACGUGCGGUUGCUCGCCGAGUCCGCUCAGAAGCCAAAGUUCAAAAAGGAAAAGCAGGCCACAAAACUCGAGGUGCCGCCUCUGGCGAAGGCCGGCGAGGUUCACGCGAGGAACACGAGGCAGAUACAACAUGCGGACACGUUAAAGAGGUCGUGCCAGCUGGAGAGCUUGCAGGAAAACAUAGGUGACGCUCCCGAAGCCUUUGAAGUGUUGCUAGAGGCCGCAUUCGAACAGGUGGGAAACAAGGACCCCUCGGCGAAUAAGCAAAGGGGUCUUUCAGGUACACGUUAUCAUAAGCAACAAAGUAAUUCAGAUGUGCCACAGUCGACACACCAGCAAGGCAAGCACGGCUCUGAGAAACGCAAGCAGCAUCACGAAUACCCAACGAAGUACCACGCGGGAGAUUCGAAGAAAGCCGCGGUGACGUUGAAGAAGGCGGGCGCAAAGGCUUCUGCAAUUCCUGGUUCCUCGACUAGAGAGAAGGACACCGGCCUCGGCCAACUCGCCCAGAAGAUCAAACAAUUCGAAUCCGCCGCCGCCAAUGCCUCUCAGGAUGCGAAGGCACUGGUCGAAAAGAAAGCAAAGAGGUCCAAGAGCGCUUCACUGUCCAAGCCGCCAGCCAACGACAACCGGGCGAGAUUUCCCGAAAAUGGGACGCCGCGAACGCAUGUUCAAAUGCCGUCCCCGCCACCACUUCCUACGACGUCACUCGAACAGGACGUGUCCGUUGUACGUAUGCGACUGGGAAUCGACACCAUCACUGAGGAAGAAACUGCCGCAAUCGACUCUUUCCUCACUUCUCCGAAGCCUACCCCACCGCCACCGCAAUCUCCUCGUCUCGACACUCCGACUCAACCAGAGGUACAGAAGGCCGCGGAAGAGGCGUCCCACAAGCACUCCGUGAAGGAGCCUGCUUGCGAAACGGCGGCUCCACCGCCUCCACUGCCACAGCCGCCGCCACCACCGCAGCAGAAAACUCAAGCCAUAGUAACUCAGAAUUGGUACCCGCCUCAGUCGCGGAAGAGCGUGCGGAGACCUUCAAACCCUAGCAAGAGCAAGGAGUUCCUCACGGCCAGGAACUCCCAGCUGGAUGACACGCUCGUCUUCGGUCCCACGCACCGCACCAGUGGCGAUAGCGCCACAGUGAAGAUCAAGAGGGUCCCGACGUCGUAUUCGCGACCAAGAGAAGGGAGGGCAACGCCCGCCAGGGGCCCACCCUAUGAGCGUCUCGUGGACAGCGACGGUGACGACCAAACCAUCGACGACGAGCUGGAAGCUCGCAAGACUCCCUCGGCCACCGUGUUCAGGAACGAGGCCGAAUGGAUAAACGAGAUGGCUCGCACGGCGUCCAGACGCACGCUCUUAUACCGGGCGGGGGUUCUUGAGGAAUCACUGAACAAUCUUUUUUGCACACUGAACGACAUGGAAGGUCCCACCAUGUCCCUGAGCAUUGGUAACCAGUCACGCACAAACAUCACCAAGGGGCACGCCAAAGCAGCUCAGGGAGGCGGAGCAUUGACAUCGCCUGCAGCGCCACCUGCGACGUCGCCGAGCAAGCAGCACGCCCACGUCACCAUUAGCGACCAGAAGGAAGGCGGCGUCGUCGAGGAAAAGGCGAACGCUGUCGAUGCCAUUGCGAGCACUAAAGCCACGCAUCGUGCCUCGUUGUCGGGUACAAACGUCCGCAACCGGGCUCGGAGUCGUCCGUCGGCGAGCCGCCUGGGAGCCACUGGCGGUGGUCGAUCCCCGAGCACCGACGUCUCGCAGGCUUCCGGAGGCGGCAACGCUCACAAGUCGGUGAGCUGCACGCCGUCAGUGGUUCGCGGCUGUGGCGCGUUCGGCAGCGCUGACAAAGCGAACAUCGUUCUCAACCUGCCAGACGGCAGCUCAGAGAUGACGUCGUUUCCAGCUUCCGCGUACCUGGACGAAGUGCGUUGGUACGCCGAGGAGUUAUUGGCUAGGGUGCUCCCCUCCUGCUUCCCGUUCACCAUGGCACGCACCAACCCGCUGCGCGAGUUCUCGCGCGAGGAGUACCGCAAGACGCUGGAGCAACUACACCUGGCGCCGUCGGCGACGCUCCUUGUGUUGCCAAGGUCUACGGCGCAGGGUGAGAGCGGGGCGCCAGCUCUGCUAUUUGGCGGCGUGCACAGCGAGCCGGCGUGGGUAGCCGCCUUCCGGAUGGUGUUCGGCGCUUUCGUGGUUAGGCCGCUGUCGCUCAUGUGGGACCUGCUGAACUGCCAGACGGACUCGGCGAUAGCGGCGGCGCACGAAGCCUUUCUGUCGAGCAGUCUGGGCAGCUCGUCUCAGUCGGCAUUGCCGCAUUCUGCCGUCGCAACGCCUCUGCGGAGCGUCAGCAGCAGCAGGCUGUGUCUUCCUAGGCCCUCGAGCCGCACCGAGAGCAUUGAAAUGUUGUGAACUCUCCUUAACGCAUAAUAACGCUGUCGUGAAUGAAGAUAUUCAGUGGCGAUGGAAGCGGACGAAUUUUCGGUGAAGGUGCGGCCAGACGGCGAAGUGUGUGGACGCGAUGGCGCGGCGAAUGAGACUCUAGAAUAACGAAAAUGGGUAAAUGAUCAGCUAUCGGUUCAGGGCAGGUGCCGGCAGAAACACCACGUUCGAUAUUUCAAUGGGCAUGAUCGAUUACAAUACUGGUAACAUAGUAUUACGUGUCGUUUCGUUGAUUAGAUUACGCAGCCCGAAUGACUCACGGAGUGCAAUUUUUUACUGCUAUUGGAAGCACGAUCAAUGUUGAAAUCGCCAACUACAUUUUUUGUAUGAUUCACUGCAAACUCCGUUAGAAUGGCUUCAAAUCUUUCUAGGAAAUUGUUGCAGUGGAUUUUGGAGGCCGAUUCACUACGCCAAUGAUUUAAUUGCCUAUUACGCGUUUUCACUAAUAGACACUGAAGACAACAAUUUGAAAACAAUGUACUUCCAUUACAAUAAAAAACCCUCUUCUUCUACAUAAAUUA